CAGUUCAAUUUGACAAAUUUAAUCUCUUAGUGAUUUCACGUGUUGUUAUUCGACAGUUUGUUUCAAUCGGUACCUUUUAUUUUGUUUUCAUUGGCUUCAAUUGGCCAUCCAUAACGUGGUACAUCUUCAAUACUGAAAUUGCAAGAAUGAAAUUUUGUAAACCAGUUUUGGCACUGUCGUUCUGUCAACACAUCUCCACUGUAUGUGUCACACGAUAUUUUUCUUGCUUGAACAGCAUUUUUUAUUUUUUUUGGUAAUAAAAAGCAAAAUAUUCCGAAAAUGAUGCUUUCAAUCUUUUGUGUUUGAUGAGACACAAAAAAUAAACAAUUGCACAAAAUCAAACAAACUUUUUUACAAAUAAGCCUUAAAAUGCUAGCUGUCAAAAUAUAUAAUGAUAAUACGGUUUAGAAUAAAAAUGGAAGGAAAAAUACAACUAAUCCGUCUAGUGGUAAAAAAAAACGAAAUUACUUUCCAAACAACCUAAUAUGUGUAAUGAUGUUAAUAGAUUGGAUUAUCAUUUGGUUAACCAGAAAAUAAAAAGUUGAAUGAUUUUGGAUUAAUGGGAUGUGGCAAUGCAACAUGCGGACACUCUGCUUAGGGAAUGUCUCCCAGAAGUUUUUCUACUAAAAACUGACACCUAUUUAGGUGUUAGAGACAUAAAUCUGAGAUGUAAACAAAAUAAAAUUGUUACUUUUUUCAAUGGUUUUGGCUUAUCUUUAAAAAGUGGACAGACAUUUAAUUUCUAGCACGAGAAAUUUAUGCCAUUGUAUAUUAAAUAUAGGGAAAGUUAACUGAUGAGGAACAUGUAUUAUAACUAUUGGGAUUGACUAUUGCUAAUUGAAAACAUCAUAUUUUGUCAAAAAUAAACACUGCAAAAACCUAACAAACCAGCAAUAAAAUUAUACACAAAGUGCGAACAUUUUCGCCUAUGUUAAACGGGAAUCGUCAGGCAACAAACUGCUGUGAAGAUAGAGGGGAUUGCCAAACAUAUGUGGUGUAUGCAGCAGUUUGUUGCCUGAUUUAACAUGGGCAAAAACAUUUGCACUUUGUGUGUAAUUUUAUUGCUGGUUUGUUAAGUUUUUGCAGUGUUUAUUUUUGUCUAAUAUUAACCAGUUGUUAAAUCAUAUUUUUUAUAAUCCUUAUUACAUUUGUUAUAUUAAUAUAUAUUUAAAAGAUUAAACAAGUCACAGUGGAAAACAGUAUAUAACCAAAUUAAAAUCAGAAAUAAUGAACAUUUACAAACUUAUAAUACCAGUGCUUACUAUAAAGAAAAAGAAUUUAGUAGCAUGAAUAGAGGCAAAUUUAUCUUCUUAUGAAUAUUACAGAAUACUCUUGUUAAUCCAGCCUCUUAAUUAUCCGGCAUUCCUCACUCCCUGUAUACUUCCAAUUCCAUGAAAAUGUUAGUCAUAUCACACAUCUUGUGUUCCCGUAUAUUCAAGUUUUGUUUCUGUGUACAUUUAUUGCAUGUCAGCAUACCAUGUUAUUUGCCCAUUUGCCUCCAAAAAGAAUUUGUACCAAAGAGUGACAGGUUGUGUCAUUCACUACCUUUAGGCAGAAUAAUAACUCACACAAACACCUUUACUUCCCAGUUUUUCAAUUAAAGAAAUGUUUUUUGCUUCAUCAAUAGACUUUCCUCAAGUUAACAACUGAAUUAAAACAUUUCAAUAACUGACAUUUGAAUGUAAGAGUGUUAUAAUUUAGUUAUUAACCUGAAGGGGAUCUAUUAAUGAGGCCAAACACAUUCCUUUAAUUAAAAAAGUGGUGCUGGGAAGUAAAGAUGUUGUUGUAUGAGGGACAGACUUCUUUCCAAUUUUGGUUUUUAUCCUUUAGGCCUAUACAGUUUCAGUCUCUGUUCAAGGAAUGGCCAGAUUAGCAAGAGUAUAGUGUACUUUAGUGUAGUUUCUAAACUGAUUUUUUUGCUCAUUUUCAUUUGACGCGUUGUUCUCUUUUCAAAACUGGAUGUAUACAAUAAGUGAAAUUGUCUAAAAUGUCAACUAGUAUGGAGAAUUUGCAUAAAUUAUAGCAUUGCCUCUCUCUUCAGAAUGGGACAUUGGUUUAUAUUGUGUAGGAUUCAUUUAUUAUGUAAGAUUUUACUAAAUGUUAAUAAAUAUGGUACUCAUUAUAUCAGAAAAAAGUUUUUUGGAUGUUAUUUAUAAGGCUAUAUCAUCUGCAGAUUAAUUUUUUCCUUGUCUAUACACACAGGUAAAAUUUUUAAUCUAAUUACUACAAAGUUCCUUAUUGUUUGUCUUUGGAUGAACUCUAAGGCUAAGACUCCACUACCAUAAAAACCCCUCGCCGUAAAAGCUUUUAAUCACGUGACCCUGAUAUCUUACGCCUGAGCAGGCCGUAAAACCAGCGUAAAAGCGAGUUGAGCUAUGUUCAACUUUCGACACGAAUACGGCCAUAAAGGGGUACCUUCAACCAAUCAGAAAUCAGUGGAACUACGUCAUCGUGACAUCAUGCGAAAAUUGCGGGAAACGAGCUUUUGUGUACAUUCUAUCAUGGCUUCUUCAAAAAGACCACGAAUUGAUUUGGAGAAAUUUAUUGAAAAUAUUCGUAAAUAUCCAUGUUUAUAUGACAAGAGGCAUCCUGAUUACAAGAAUGUUUGCCUAAAACAUGCGAUAUGGACGGCCAUAGGAAAGUCCUACGAUUUAGAUGCUUCCAGUGCUGAAAGCCGCUGGAAAACACAGCGCAAUCGUUACACAAGAGAGAAUAAAAAGGUGGAAGACAGCAAAAGAACUGGAAGUGGUAGGGAUGACAUAUAUGUAUUGCAAUGGUACUUAUAUAAUGUCAUCGAUGGGUUUAUGAGGCGCUGUCCUCAAACAAAUGAAGAAACCAUCAACAACAUAUCACCAAUUUUAUCAAUAGCAGCAGAAGAUCCACCAGAAGAUAUUCAGCCUCUUUAUGCUGAGGCAGUAGAGUUUUCCUGUCCCAGUGACAGUGAAGUAUUUCUUUCUGGGCCUUCAUCAGCAUCAGCAUCAUCACAAUUACCAGUGGAAGCUUAAGAGAGCAGGUACUGUACAUACAUUCAGUCUGUACUAUUCUAAAGCUUUUUGUUUGUAUGUUAAUACAUUUGUGAUAUAUACUUUGUACUUUACAGCACUUUUUCACAUUAUUCAAAACAUGGUAGAAAAUCUGAUCCACAAAUGAAAGAAUUAUUGGCAGUGUUUAGAAUGUCUGCUGAAACCAUGCAGCAAGCAAAUGCUGCAAUACAAAAAAACAAAUCGCAUAUAAAACCGUUCUGCGAGUUUGUUGAAAGUAUGCUGGCUAAAAUGAGCAGCAAAAAUCAAAGAACGGCAAUGAAAAGAAUUCAGGACAUUCUUUUUGAGAUUGAUGCUGUGAAUGAUGAAGAGAAUCAGCAAAUAAAAUAAAUUACAUUGAUCUAUUGAAUUCAUUAUGUAUAUUAAUUUUGCUAUAUUAAUAAAUUUUUUUUGAAAACCUAUAUUUGUUAUAAUGUCUUUAAAACACAAGAGUAAUAAAAAUAAUUCUUUAUUGAACCUUAGUAAUAAAAAAUAUGGUAGUCUAUUGCCUAUGGCAAGACCCAGUGGUACAUAGAUAGUCUGCUAAUUUAU